UCAAAAUGACCAGCAUGAUCAGAUUGGAGGCCCCAGAAGGUAGGAGCCUGGGAGAGACCGAACUCAUCUUCUGUGAUUGGAGUGGGUGAAGUGGCCUCCGAGAAAAUCUGCCCCUGUGGCCGAGAGAACGGCAGAUCUUUCUUGGCGUUUUCCUCCUCUCUUCAAGAUGCCCAGGUGAGGCUCAAGACGUUCUACCAAGCUCUCCUGGUGUUCCCCCCUUGCUGAUGGCCAUGCGGCUCGGUCCCUUCUCUCCUCCUUCCAUGGUGGCCUUCUCCUUGCUUUUAGAAACCAUCUCCGCCACACCGUUUGUCCACCUGGUCUAUACCGACAACUCCACCUGCCUUGACUUCAAAGCCGUCCCGGCCUGUUUCGGGCCCCUGCUCUCUCACACGGGCAUCGUGGGCAACUUGGUGGAGGCGGUGCCCGGAAACGCCUGCCAGCCGGUGGAAGCCCCGCCAGCCUCCAACCAGACUCCGCCGGGGUUCAUUCUCCUCAUCCGCCGGUAUGACUGCCCCUUCGGCACCAAGGUCCUCCACGCCCAGCGUGCUGGCUACCAGGCCGCCCUCAUCCACAACCUCUACUCGGAUCGGCUGGUGAGCAUGGACGUGGAGAGGCCGGAGACGAGAGAGCAGAUCCGGAUCCCUUCUCUUUUUAUCGGCGGGUCUGCCUCCAAGCUCCUGAGGAGACACCUCCGUUCCGGGAAGACCAUCCAAGUCAGCACCGUGAUCCCUCGGGAUUACGAGAAUCCAUGCUGGGAUCCCUCGGAGUACGCCGGCCUGGAUUACUCCACUCGUCACCAUGACCUCCGUUUCUGGCCUGGAUACUGUACGCAAAGGAUGAUCAUCAGAUUCCUGGAGGAGUUUGGAUUUCUCAUCCUCCUCGGCCUGGUUCUCUCCUCCUUCAUCUUGGCCGGCUGGGUGAAAUGGCGCCACCGACGCCACAGCGCCCGAACGAGGACCUUCCAGAGGGGAGACCCGUAUGACCUGUGCGUGAUCUGCAUGGCCGACUUUGAAGAGGGCGAUGGGCUGAAGAUCCUCUGGUGUGGCCACGCCUACCAUCACACCUGCAUCGACACCUGGCUUCUCAUCCAGCCCAAAACUGGCAAGACCUGCCCCAUCUGCAAACAGGAGGUCCGUGUGGCCACCUAAGGGUGUGUGUGCAAAGGGCAGGGUCCGGAAGCCUCAUCAUCAUCAUCAGGAGGAGGAGGAGGAGCAAGAGGACGGAGGAACCCCAUCGGGUGAAAAGCAGAAAGAACAAGUUUCUCCCACACACCAGUCCGUGGUCCUUCUUCUUGCUGUUGUUUUUUUUUUAGGGGGUGGGGCAGGGGGAGAUUUGAUAUUUAAUUGGUUGGAAUAGGUACUGAUUCGGAUUUAUUUCCCUUUUCUU